AGGCGCGCGUUGCCAUAGCGUUGGGUAGCCAGCCGGUAGGCGGGCGCGCCCCUCAGCUGAGCACACAGAGCCUGGCCGCCGGCACGCGGGACGGUCAAAGCGGAGCGAUGGGGGCGGCGCGAGCCGCGACACGGACUUCGUCUCGACCUCCGCCUGAGUCCACAACGCGACCGCGGCGCAGCUUCCACAACACGCUGGUCUUCUACUGGAGGAAGCGGGAGCGACGCCACGGACGACGCAAGCCUCCCUCGGGCGGAGGAACGAGGCCCCGAGGGGCGAGCAGGGCCCGGGCCCCCACCCCUGCCCCGGCCCGGGCCUCCAGCCCCGCCUCAGCCCCGGCCCGGGCCUCCGGCUCCGCCUCGACCCGCUCCCCGGCCUCUGGCUCCGCCCCGACCAGGGCCCGGGCCCAGACCGCCGGCACCGCCCCCACGCAGGGCCCCGCCUUAGACUCUUCCCCCAGCCCCAGUUCCGGGACGGCCUCCGCGCCCGCGGCGCGCGUCCCAGGUUCCUGUGGCCGCGCGCUGGCGGCAGCGCGCGCACUGGCUUGGAGGCCGACCUGGAGGCCCCUCUGGAGGCCGACCUGGCCCGGCAGACAUUGCGCGAACAAGAUGGCGGCGCCCGGAGAGGGUGGCCGCUUCUACCGUGGCAACCUCUUCUCCUUCUUGCCGGGCGGCGCGCGCUCGGAGGUGAUAGACGACCUGGAGACCGACGCGCGGGGCCGGGGCGCGGGGCGGAGAGACACUGUGGUCUCGGUCCCGACGCCAGCCCUGGCGCCGACCUCCGAUUCUCAGGUCGCCGAGGACGCCUCCCCGAGGCGGCCUUGCAGGGCCUGCGUGGACUUCAAGACGUGGAUGCGGACGCAGCAGAAGCGGGACAAGUUUAGGGAGGAUUGUCCACAGGAUCGAGAGGAACUGGGUCGCCACAGCUGGGCUGUCCUCCACACCCUCGCUGCCUACUAUCCUGAUCUGCCCACCCCAGAACAGCAGCAAGACAUGGCUCAAUUCAUACAUUUAUUUUCCAAGUUUUACCCAUGUGAGGAGUGUGCUGAAGACCUAAGGAAGAGGAUAUGUAGGAACCAGCCAGACACUCGCACUCGGGCAUGCUUCUCUCAAUGGUUAUGCCGCCUGCACAAUGAGGUGAACCGCAAACUGGGCAAGCCUGAUUUUGACUGCUCAAAAGUGGAUGAGCGCUGGCGCGACGGCUGGAAGGACGGCUCCUGUGACUAGAGAGUGGCCAGCUAGGGCCCAUGGGGUGGCCUGACUAGAGUGGGGCAGAAUGCUCAUUAAAGUGAACAGAGCCAGA